GAGCUCUCUCCGCCCUCCACAGGGCAGUGUUUUCAUCUCUCUGUAUCAUUCUCGCCAUCUGCUCUCCUCAGCCGUCGCCGCUGUGCUCUCUCCGUUCUCGGCUUUCCUCUUGGCCUCUGUCCGGGUCCAGCAGACAUGUCCGAGCAGAGCAGCAGUCGAUACCAGCAGUUACAGAAUGAAGAAGACCCUGUAGAAAACCCCCAGGCUGCACCCGAUGCUCCACCUCCAUACAGCAGCAUUGCUGGAGAGAAUGCAGCAUUUUUUGACUACAAAGAUGAGCCUGGAUUUCCCAAACCACCAUCAUACAAUGUGGCAACAUCGCUCCCUAGUUAUGAUGAAGCAGAGAGGACUAAGGCAGAAGCCACAAUACCCCUGGUUACUGGAAGAGAUGACGAUUUUGUGGCAAGGGAUGAUUUUGAUGAUGCAGACCAGCUCAGGAUAGGAAACGAUGGAAUAUUUAUGCUCACGUUUUUUAUGGCGUUCCUGUUUAACUGGAUUGGAUUCUUCCUCUCAUUCUGUCUUACAACUUCAGCAGCAGGAAGGUAUGGGGCCAUUUCUGGAUUUGGCCUCUCCUUGAUUAAAUGGAUCUUAAUUGUCCGAUUUUCUACUUACUUUCCUGGAUAUUUUGAUGGACAGUACUGGCUCUGGUGGGUGUUCCUGGUACUGGGUUUCCUCUUGUUUCUUAGAGGCUUCAUUAAUUAUGCCAAGGUUCGAAAGAUGCCAGAAAACUUCUCCACUCUUCCCAGAACCAGGGUUCUCUUUAUUUAUUAAAGUGCUUUUAUCCCUGCCUUCCUGCCUCUACAGAAAUCCCACGCAUACUGACGGACAGCAAUGGCACCUGCAGGAAGAGAGUUCCAACCAUCAAAGAGUGAAAAAAUAUCUGCUGUAUAAAGAAAUGAAAGAAGUCCUUUAAAAUAACUAAACAUCCAUAGGCAAUGUUACUGUCCAAAGGAAGAAGAAGAUUAGCAUUUCCUUUUGUUUUUAGGUGUAAACUUUGAAUAGUUUUUGCAGAAUUUUGUUGUUAUUCUUCUGGAAUCAUUAGUGGCUACUGUUUAAAUCAAAGCUAUUGCAAUCAAGUUUGUGAAGUACUAAUAAAGCCUUAUAUAUUGUUUGUAAAAUACCGAGAGAACAUUGACCUGCACUCCUUCUGCCAGCAGAGGGCAGUCUCACUCUGUCUUGUUUUUCCAUAGUCUUCAUUCUACUGCCGUAGAGAUGUUUUUCGUGUAUUGUAUUGUGUUCUGCUUUGGGAAGUAUAAAAGGCCUUAGACAUUGACAUAUAGUUCUUAAUUUUGCAGUGCAAUCUCUAGAUUACACUAGAUUUGUUUUUUGCAAAUGAAGAAUGUUAGGAAUUAAGACACGCUAUUCUUAGAUCUCCAUAUAGGCAUUCACAUUAAAUUGUUACCAGUCAUUUCAGCACAGUGGACUAACCAUAUGCAACCUUUCAAUUUGCUACUUGGCAUGCCAGAUAUCCUGAGAGGUUUACAUAUGGUGGCCUCUGUUGUAUACAGGUACAGUUUAAAUGUGGCGCUACUAAACCCAAGAUGACCUACUGAAAUUCUGCGCAAGUCCCGCAUGAAUCAUUGUCAACUUAAGAUAUGUCUUUAUUGAUACAUUCUUGUUUCUUUAGUUCAUGACCAUGCGAGGGAACUAACAAUAGCUCAGUUAUAUACAUCAGAUAAAGAAUUGUUUUCUUAAAGGGAGUUUAGUCUGUUAAAAAAAAA